UUAAAAGAAAAUGAAAACAGAAGACAAAAGCAACAGCCAUAGAAAACCCAGCAACGCCAAUUCCCUCAAAUUCAUUCCCACCAAUUCUCUGUAUGGCAUCUGAUUCAAACGCCACCAAUAUGCUCCAGGCCAUUCGCUACAACCGCGGUUCUCUUCAGCUUCUCGAUCAGACAAAACUCCCGUUAGAAAGCGUUUACUUGGAGAUUCGGGAUUCAAAUGAUGGCUGGAAUGCUAUACGGGAUAUGGUGGUCCGGGGAGCACCUGCUAUUGCUAUUGCAGCGGCACUCGCUCUGGCUGUGGAGGUGUCCAAUUUAGAUGAUUUCAGUGGGUCUACUGAUGACGCUGCCUACUUCCUACAUAAGAAGCUGGAAUAUCUUGUAACUAGUCGGCCAACUGCGGUGAACUUAUCAGACGCCGCAACAAAACUCAAAGAAAUCAUAUCUAUGGCUGCUGCUACGACUUCAGAGGCUAGGGGUGUUUUUCAGGCUUAUGUAGAGGCUGCUGAAAUAAUGCUUGAGGAUGAUGUUGCAUCGAACAAAGCAAUUGGAAUAUAUGGAGCUAGUUUUAUUCAAAACCAUACAGAGAAACAUAAGCUUUCUGUUUUGACCCAUUGCAACACUGGAAGUUUAGCAACUGCUGGAUAUGGUACUGCUCUCGGUGUAAUCCGUGCACUUCACAGCGGAGGAGUUUUAGAAAGGGCUUAUUGCACAGAAACACGUCCAUUCAAUCAAGGAUCCAGACUUACUGCCUAUGAAUUGGUACAUGACAAAAUACCAGCAACUCUUAUAGCAGAUUCUGCUGCUGCCGCAUUAAUGCAAGCAGGACGUGUGGAUGCUGUUGUUGUUGGUGCAGAUCGAGUUGCAUCAAAUGGUGACACAGCCAACAAAAUUGGAACCUAUAGUGUUGCCUUAUGUGCCAAGUUUCAUAAUGUGCCUUUUUAUGUGGCUGCACCCUUGACUUCCAUUGAUCUAUCACUUUCUUCUGGGAAACAAAUUGUCAUUGAGGAGAGAUCUCCCAAGGAAUUGUUGAACACACGUGGAGGACUCGGAGAGCAGGUUGCUGCCUCAGGAAUAUCUGUGUGGAAUCCGGCUUUUGAUGUUACACCUGCUAAUCUAAUAUCCGGGAUCAUCACUGAGAAGGGUGUCAUUACAAAGACAUCUGCUGGUGAUGCCUCCUUUGACAUAAAAACUUUUGUACAGAAAACAAGCUAAGGGCGGAUCGUAGUAACGGAUUCAAUACCAAUGAUCCUUUGUGUGAAAUGAGAUGUUGUGUUAUAUUGACUGUAGAAUUUCGUUGUAUGUUUUAGAGGGGAGUUGUAGACCAACUCGAUCAAUGUAAGUGUCCUGGAAAAUAAAUAAGGUCCUGGUUAAUAAACAAGUCAAUGAGAAAUUGCGGCGACCAAGGAUAAAAUGGAAUGGUACAAGUUCUCGGAAAACAAAAGACAUGAUUUUUGUAUUAUUGACAACACAGGGCAUGAUUGAAUAAGAUAUAAUAAGGUUAUUAAACUGUGUAGUGA